CUGCUAAUGGCGUCGGCGCGUCUGGAGGGCCCGGGGAGCCGGCGCUGAAGCUUCUGCCGGGCUGGUGGGCGACGCGCCGAGCGGCCGGACCCCGCGGCAGCGGGAGGUACCUGGCCGCCGGUGGGCUCGGCGGCGCCUAGCGGGGCGGGGCGGCGCGACCGCGGGGGGCGCCGCGGGGAGGAGCCGCGAGCGUUGCGAGGAGGCUGCGGGGGGCUCCCGGGCUCGCCGCGGGUUCGCCGCGGGUUCGCCGCCCAGGCCGAGCCGAGCCCCGCCGGGCCCCGGAGGCGGGCUGCGGGAGGGCCGCCCCGAGGAGCUGACGGAGCUGCAGCUCGCUCGCGCCUCUCCGCGGCCGGCCCGUAGCUCUGUGGACCAUGUCCGGCACCAGCAGCCCGGAGGCAGUGAAGAAGCUGCUGGAGAACAUGCAGAGCGAUUUGCGGGCCUUGUCCCUGGAGUGCAAGAAGAAAUUCCCACCUGUCAAAGAGGCUGCUGAAUCAGGAAUAAUAAAAGUUAAAACAAUAGCUGCACGGAACACCGAAAUUUUGGCAGCCUUGAAAGAGAACAGCUCAGAAGUUGUUCAGCCAUUUCUAAUGGGUUGUGGAACGAAGGAACCAAAGAUUACUCAGCUAUGUUUGGCCGCCAUUCAGAGACUUAUGUCACAUGAAGUCGUGUCUGAGACUGCAGCUGGAAAUAUAAUUAAUAUGCUUUGGCAGCUAAUGGAAAACAGUCUUGAAGAACUUAAGCUACUUCAAACAGUUCUUGUUCUUUUAACAACCAAUACGGUAGUUCAUGACGAAUCACUCUCUAAGGCAAUUGUUCUUUGUUUUCGACUACACUUCACAAAAGAUAAUAUUACAAAUAAUACAGCUGCUGCUACCGUGCGACAAGUUGUUACUGUUGUUUUUGAGAGGAUGGUUGCUGAAGAUGAACGACACAGAGAUAUUAUAGAACAACCAGUACUGGUCCAAGGAAAUAGUAACAGAAGAUCUGUCAGCACCCUCAAACCUUGUGCUAAAGAUGCAUAUAUGCUUUUCCAGGACCUUUGUCAGUUGGUUAACGCUGAUGCCCCUUACUGGCUAGUAGGGAUGACAGAAAUGACUCGAACAUUUGGCCUUGAAUUACUUGAGUCAGUCCUGAAUGAUUUUCCACAGGUCUUUUUACAACACCAAGAGUUUAGUUUCCUCCUCAAAGAAAGGGUAUGUCCUCUUGUGAUAAAACUCUUUUCUCCAAAUAUAAAGUUCAGACAAGGUUCCAGCUCUUCAUCUUCUCCGGCACCAGUUGAAAAACCGUAUUUUCCCAUCUGCAUGCGUUUGCUGAGAGUAGUAUCUGUUCUGAUUAAGCAAUUUUACAGCCUUUUGGUAACUGAAUGUGAGAUAUUUCUGUCACUUCUGGUGAAAUUUUUGGAUGCAGAUAAACCACAGUGGCUACGAGCUGUUGCAGUAGAAUCAAUACACAGACUCUGUGUGCAACCUCAGCUAUUAAGGUCAUUUUGUCAGUCCUAUGAUAUGAAACAACAUUCUACCAAGGUUUUUCGUGAUAUCGUGAAUGCUCUGGGAUCUUUUAUUCAGUCAUUGUUUCUUGUCCCUCCUACUGGAAAUCCUGCUACAACAAACCAAGCUGGAAACAAUAACUCAGGUGGCCCUGUCUCAACACCAGCUAACUCAGGAAUGUUGGGGAUUGGUGGAGGUGUUACUUUGCUACCAGCAUUUGAAUAUAGAGGAACUUGGAUUCCUAUUCUGACUAUAACAGUACAAGGCAGUGCAAAAGCCACCUACCUAGAGAUGUUGGACAAAGUUGAGCCCCCAACUAUACCGGAAGGUUAUGCUAUGUCUGUGGCAUUCCAUUGUUUGCUUGACCUUGUACGUGGAAUCACCAGUAUGAUUGAAGGAGAGUUAGGAGAGGUUGAAACAGAAUGUCAUACAACCACUGAAGCAGCCUCUUCACUAACACAGUCUUCAGAACAGCAAGAAUUACAGUCAACGUCAGACCAGAUGGAUAAGGAAAUAGUUAGUAGAGCUGUUUGGGAAGAAAUGGUGAAUGCCUGCUGGUGCGGUUUACUUGCUGCUCUCUCACUCCUCCUUGAUGCCAGCACAGAUGAAGCUGCCACUGAGAAUAUUUUAAAAGCUGAACUGACUAUGGCUGCUCUUUGUGGAAGACUGGGCCUUGUAACCUCAAGAGACGCCUUUAUAACUGCAAUAUGCAAAGGUUCCCUGCCUCCCCAUUAUGCUCUUACUGUACUGAAUACCACCACAGCAGCUACACUGUCCAACAAAUCAUAUUCCAUCCAGGGUCAAAGUGUUAUGAUGAUAAGUCCAUCAAGUGAAUCUCACCAGCAAGUUGUGGCAGUGGGUCAGCCUCUGGCAGUUCAGCCUCAAGGGACAGUAAUGCUCACUUCCAAAAAUAUCCAGUGUAUGAGGACUUUACUUAACUUGGCACACUGCCAUGGAGCUGUUCUUGGAACAUCAUGGCAACUUGUCUUGGCAACUCUACAGCAUCUUGUGUGGAUUCUGGGAUUAAAGCCUAGUAGUGGUGGUGCUUUGAAACCUGGGAGAGCUGUAGAAGGACCCAGUACAGUUCUAACAACAGCAGUGAUGACAGAUUUACCAGUGAUUUCCAAUAUACUUUCAAGAUUGUUUGAAAGCUCACAGUAUCUUGAUGACGUAUCAUUGCAUCAUUUAAUAAAUGCACUUUGCUCCUUAUCCCUAGAAGCAAUGGAUAUGGCCUAUGGAAAUAAUAAGGAGCCAUCUCUUUUUGCUGUUGCCAAAUUGUUAGAAACGGGUCUAGUUAACAUGCAUCGAAUAGAAAUUCUUUGGAGACCUCUAACUGGCCAUCUACUCGAGGUCUGUCAGCAUCCAAACUCUCGAAUGAGAGAAUGGGGAGCAGAAGCUUUAACUUCACUUAUUAAAGCAGGAUUAACGUUUAACCAUGAUCCUCCACUUUCACAAAACCAGAGGCUGCAGUUGCUUUUAUUGAACCCAUUAAAGGAGAUGUCCAGUAUUAACCAUCCAGAUAUCCGACUCAAGCAAUUAGAAUGUGUGUUGCAGAUUCUUCAGAGUCAGGGAGAUAGUCUUGGGCCUGGAUGGCCAUUAGUGCUUGGAGUCAUGGGAGCAAUCAGAAAUGAUCAAGGAGAAUCCUUGAUACGAACUGCGUUCCAGUGUCUUCAGUUGGUCGUGACAGAUUUUCUACCAACAAUGCCUUGUACAUGCCUGCAGAUUGUUGUAGAUGUUGCAGGUAGCUUUGGACUUCAUAACCAAGAACUUAAUAUUAGCUUAACUUCAAUAGGUUUAUUGUGGAAUAUUUCAGAUUAUUUUUUCCAAAGAGGGGAAACUAUUGAAAAAGAAUUAGAUAAAGAAGAAGCAGCACAGCAAAAGCAGGCAGAAGAGAAAGGAGUGGUUUUAAAUCGGCCUUUCCAUCCUGCUCCACCGUUUGAUUGCUUGUGGUUGUGUCUUUAUGCAAAAUUGGGUGAACUCUGUGUGGACCCUCGUCCUGCAGUGAGGAAGAGUGCUGGACAAACUCUGUUUUCAACAAUUGGUGCACAUGGAACUUUAUUACAGCAUUCAACAUGGCACACUGUUAUUUGGAAGGUUCUCUUUCAUCUUCUGGACCGAGUUCGGGAGUCUUCUACCACUGCAGACAAAGAAAAGAUUGAGUCUGGAGGUGGCAAUAUUCUUAUUCAUCAUUCAAGGGACACAGCAGAGAAGCAGUGGGCAGAGACAUGGGUUUUAACAUUGGCCGGAGUAGCAAGAAUCUUCAACACUAGAAGAUAUUUACUGCAACCUUUAGGAGAUUUUUCAAGAGCAUGGGAUGUUCUUCUUGACCAUAUACAAUCAGCAGCACUCAGCAAGAACAAUGAAGUAUCUUUGGCUGCACUGAAAAGCUUCCAGGAAAUUUUACAGAUUGUGUCCCCUGUCAGAGACUCAGAAAAGCCCGAGACACCACCUGCAGUUAAUGUGCCUGUGCCUGUCCUUAUAGGGUCCAUAUCAGGCCCUGGCCUGAGCAGACCAUUUGUAAGAACAGAUUCCAUCGGAGAGAGACUUGGAAGAUAUAAUAGCUCUGAGCCACCCGAAGUUACCGAUGAGCUUGAAGAUUUGAAUCUCUGGUGGGCUGCAUGGAAUACCUGGUAUAGAAUUGGAUCUGAAAGCACUAAGCCUCCCAUUACUUUCGACAAACUGACUUUCAUUCCCAGCCAGCCUUUCCUUACAGCUUUAAUUCAGAUAUUUCCAGCUCUCUAUCAACACAUAAAAACUGGUUUCAAUAUGGACGACUUACAAAAGCUGGGAGUCAUACUGCACAGUGCUGUGUCAGUCCCAAUAAGUUCAGAUGCAUCCCCUUUCAUUCUUCCAUCGUAUACUGAAGCAGUUUUAACAAGUUUACAGGAAGCUGUACUGACAGCUUUAGAUGUUCUCCAAAAGGCCAUCUGCGUAGGGCCAGAAAACAUGCAGAUAAUGUAUCCAGCUAUAUUUGACCAGUUACUAGCAUUUGUGGAAUUUUCCUGUAAGCCUCCACAGUAUGGACAGCUGGAAACAAAGCACAUUGCAAAUGCAAAAUAUAAUCAGAUCCAACUAUUUGCACCGGCGGAAUGGGUAGCCUUGAAUUAUGUACCGUUUGCUGAAAGGUCUUUAGAAGUAGUUGUGGAUUUAUACCAAAAAACAGCCUGUCAUAAAGCAGUGGUGAAUGAGAAAGUACUCCAGAAUAUUAUUAAGACACUUAGGGUUCCUCUCAGUUUGAAAUAUUCCUGCCCUUCUGAAAGCACAUGGAAAUUAGCAGUAUCUUCUCUCCUCAAAGUUCUUUCUAUUGGGCUACCCGUUGCCCGGCAGCAUGCGUCUUCUGGAAAAUUUGACAGUAUGUGGCCAGAACUAGCCAAUACUUUUGAAGACUUUCUCUUUACUAAAAGCAUACCUCCAGAUAAUCUCUCUAUUCAAGAAUUUCAAAGAAAUGAAAGUAUUGAUGUUGAGGUAGUUCAGCUUAUCAGCACUGAGAUACUACCGUAUGCCAAUUUUAUUCCUAAGGAAUUUGUCGGACAGAUAAUGACUAUGCUUAAUAAGGGCUCAAUACAUUCCCAGUCAUCAUCAUUUACAGAAGCGGAGAUUGAUAUUCGUUUGAGAGAGGAAUUUUCUAAAAUGUGUUUUGAAACAUUGCUCCAGUUUUCCUUCAGUAAUAAAGUCACAACACCUCAAGAAGGCUACAUCUCACGAAUGGCACUUUCAGUGCUUUUAAAGAGAUCUCAGGAUGUACUUCAUCGCUAUAUAGAGGAUGAAAGAUUAAGUGGUAAAUGCCCUCUUCCAAGGCAACAAGUAACAGAAAUCAUAUUUGUCUUAAAAGCAGUCAGUACUCUCAUUGAUUCACUUAAGAAAACUCAGCCUGAGAAUGUUGAUGGAAAUACCUGGGCACAAGUGAUUGCUUUAUACCCAACUCUAGUAGAAUGUAUCACCUGCUCAUCUGCAGAAGUCUGCUCUGCACUUAAAGAGGCACUAGUUCCUUUUAAGGAUUUCAUGCAACCACCAGCAUCCAAAGUUCAGAAUGGAGAAUCUUGACCAGCUACAAUAAUUUUAAAGAAGAAAAAUAUCUAAAGAAUAUUUGAUCCUCAGUGAGUCUUCUAUGAGAAGGACAUUUCUUACUACAAAUAAUUCUUGGCAGCUGUUGUUGGCCUCCUUUAAAUUGUACUUACCUGAGUUCAGUAAUUCAUAUUACAAAUUAACAUGUCAACAAAGGCUCCUGAAUGAGUAGCAGUGGAAGCCUUUAGUAAGUUAAACUUAAUACUAAACCAUACCUGCUACUCAUCUUCAAUUGGUGAUUUAAAAGUGAGCUUAUGUACAGUUUGUGGUGUAUGUGUUAACGAUGUACUUUUUAAAAAGAAAGAAAAGAUAUUUCAUUCAGUCAGAUUUAUUAGGCUGGUGUUUUUGCACCCUUUUUCAAGUACAAAGUUGUACUAAAAUUUUAUGCAAGAUGGUACUGUAACAUUCCAUAUUAUCUAUAACCAGCCUUUGUAAACAAAGGGAACUGAUUGAUAAACUUGUGUGUAUAAUAAAUGGUACAGUUCUGUAUAAAA